AUGAAUCAAAUUCGAGCAAUUCAGGCGCUGAAUAGGAAGGAGAUUGAGAAUGGAAUCUCCCCCGAAGCCUCGUGGCAUACCGACUACCGGGACACGGCAUACAUUUACUUUGGCGGCCUGCCGUACGAGCUCUCCGAAGGCGAUAUAAUUACCAUAUUCUCACAAUUUGGCGAGCCCGUAUUUCUGAAGCUCGUGCGCGACAAGGAAACAGGCAAGUCCAAGGGUUUUGGGUGGCUCAAGUACGAAAACCAGAAGAGCACCGAUCUUGCUGUGGACAAUCUCGGCGGCGCAGAAGUCGGGGGGCGUCUUGUGCGCGUGGACCAUGCGAGAUACUCGAUGCGCGAUGACGAAGACCAAGACGAGUUCAAGGUCGGAUGGGAGGACCUCCAGCGAAAAGAGGGCAAGCCGCUCUCCGAGGACGAAAGCGACCAGGACGAGGCGCCGCAACGGCCCAUGCUCCAAGAAGAACGCGAUCUUGCGAAACUGAUACACGAUCACGACGACGAUGACCCGAUGAAAGCGUUCCUAAUAGAGGAGAAGAAGAAGGAGGUGGAGGAAGCGCGGGAGAGGGCCAGCAAAAAAGAGUUGAAACCCAAGCAUCGCUCGCACAGAUCUCACAGGUCUAGGCAUGAUGAAGAUGAUAAGAGACGGUCUCGGCGUGACCACGAUGACUCUGAGCGCCGCCAUCGCCACAGAAGCGACCAUCGCAGCGACCAUCGGAGUGACAGACAACACGACGGCGACGGCGAGCGCCAUAAAAGCAGGAGGCACGAUGACGACUCAAAAGAGCACAGACUCCGGAGCCGUGGCGAUGAUGAGAAAGAGCGAGACCGCGACAGGGACAAGGGACGGCGCGACCGACAGCGGGAGGACGAACGCCGGCACAGGAGCUACAAGAGCAGAGAUCACGAACCAGAUACAGGUCACAGGCGAAGAAGUCGCAGCUGCUCUCCGAAACGAAGUGAAGAUUAA